UCGAUUGUCGUGCCAUAUAAAGGCACCGCUCUCGUUAAAAUUUAUCUCAGUCCUCGUGGUGUGUUGCACGACGCAGCGCAUUUUUAAAUAUAACGAAUAUAUUGUGUAAUGUGAAACGUUUUACACAUAUAAACAACAAUCGAAUAUUUUAUUCCAAUUUCAUUGGCCUGACUCGGCCGAUAAUUCUCUACAAAAUGAUAGUGAAUAAUGUAAUAACUAUUAUUUUCGUCGUCAUAACUGGAACAGCAUUCAUGGGAUGUGCACUUGCGGCAGGCAGACACCGUCUAAAAUUAAGAAAAGCAAUCGGACACAAAUCUAAUAGUGAUGAUGUUCUACUACGCGCUCUUUCGGACUUCAGCGUCGUACGAAGAUCUUUAAAUCCGAUGAUAUUUAAACAAUAUAGCAGUUAUAGUGGUAUUCAAUAUUUGAUAGAAGACGGAGAAAAUGUUCCAAAUGUUGAAAAUAAGAAGAAUAUAGUAAUACAGAAAUUAAAAUUCUCAGUAACAUUCCGUGAUAACAUACUUUACAUCUUCUCAUAUUUGCUUCACGGCCGUGAAAAUGAUUUAACGGACGAACAAUACACACCCUUGCAGAUGCUUUACCAGUUGCUCAAGAAGAAGAUGAAUUAUAUGUACAAUUUAUUACCUAUUCUAUCUAAAUUAAAUUCCGUAGACAAGAAUCGACAGACAAGUAUCAUAUUGUUGUCGCUGAUGAAAAAUCUACCAGCUUAUAUUCAAUGCACAGCUAAAUACUUGGCCAAUGAGAUAGACUCGGGGAGAAUCGAUUUAAAUACGUUACUGCAACCAACGGCGGAAGAAACAUUUGAUUAUCUUGCCAACAUCGAUUUAGACACAGUCUCGAAAGGUAAUAUUAAGAACGAAGAAAUAAGAGGAUACGAUAAAUUCUCAAAUAUCACCCAAAAAGCUCUUGGUCCGGUGUUUGUGAAGCUUCUCUCCAAGUUACAAACAAACAAGCUUCCUUUAUCGCAAGAAUUAUUCAGUUUGAUACUGAUAAACUUACCAAAUCCUAGCGACGAUCCCGUGUUGGAAGAAAACAUCAGAUAUCUGUAUGAUUUAACCAAAAAUAAUGCCAUCGAUUCAAAAGAAUGGAGUUCGAUUGGGAAGGAUCCCGCUGCCCAGGAUGCUUACACUCUUGUCUUUUCCGUCCUAACCAAGAUUCUCAAUUCAAACGUACCGAUGGUCGUAAAGGACGCUGCGGCUUAUGUGUAUCAUCACUUGAAGCUUGUAACGGUUCCAACUCACGUUAAUACGGAGUUGAAGUACAUGUAUCAUCUGCUUGAAAAAGAUAUAGAUGUAGGAAUGCUCUUCUCAGCCAUUAUUCCUUACGAGUUUGAUGCAGAUGCGAUCCGUAUGAAAAACAAUCUAUUAACAUAUUUUAUGCGUAAUUAUAAUAACGAGGAUAUGAAUAAAAUUCUCAAGGGAUUCAACAAAUUUGCCUUCAACGAUGCCUUAGAUCUUCUCUUGGCAUUCCUAACGAGACUUACAAAUCGCGUUCCAAGCUUUCCAAAUAUUAAUACACAGAUGCUACAACAGCCGGCCACGGCUCUGCUACCAGCUGUAAUCAUGAAAAGGUAUUACAGAACUUUCACGCCGUUUGUGUCACCUGAAAUUGAUGUACUAAUGCUUUUGGAAUCUCUGAAGACUCCUGAUAUAGAUCAGGAACUUCAGUCAACAAUAGACUCUAUAAAGAUCGAGUUAAUCGCUAAGCCACAGACAUCCGUGCUUUUAAGUACUUUGAUACCAACAGAGAAAGAAAAGUGUCCGACACCUAAACAGUGUUUGAUAAAUACGUUCCAGCAGGUACAGAAAUUACAAGAUAAAAUACCUUUGACGUUAAUUUCAAAAAUUCAACACGUAGGAUAUGUUCUGAAGAGCAUAAGUUCACAGCAGUAUCAACCGAGGCAAAGCUACGCUACGCAAUAUACUAUAAAACCAGUGGAUGUGAAUCUUUAUCUAGACCGGGACCGGGAGAGUUCAAUAGUUGCAAUUGAGACAGAUGGUGCGUAUACAAAUGUACCCACAAGUGGCUUCAGCGGAGUCCCGUAUGUAUGGAACAUAGAUAAAUAUGUCACCAAGAUCGGUCCCACUGGGCAAGAUGAAUCGCACGUUGGACCUGUGGGAUGGGAAACGGGAAUUGCUACGUUUGUCGAUUCUGAAGAAACGAAGAUCAUAUCGCCAACGACAAACCAAGCACAAGUCACGGAGGCACCAGUCACCAAGCCGAAGGUCUUCGAAACGAAAAUGACCGAGAUGGAAAUCUUCGAAUAUCUAACUACUCAAAAACCUAUAUCAGACCAGCCGUUAACUUCGAAACCUUCGACAUUAACUAAUAUUCCUUCGUUGAUGACUUAUAAAACGCCGCAGAAAUCACAGAAAAAACCACAAAAAGAACAGACCCAAUAUACAACAUCUACAAGGCAAACUACUGUCGAAGAAGAUCGUUCCGAAAUAGAAGAUACUCAAGAAUCUACUACAGAAUUAACAUUCCAUUAUAAAGAAGUAUCAGAUCAACCGAGUUCAAGUGAGGAGUUUGAGAAUCAAACUCCUCCAUCGGAGGAAGAAAUAACUAAAGAAGUCACAAAAGAAGUCACGACGAAAAAACCUUUCAAAAUAACAACGACAUCACGUACCAAAGCAAAACGUUUAGAGGAGAUUGAAAAGAAAAAGAGUAAUGAGAAAAUUGCGAUAUCAAACGCAAUACUACCUCCGACUGUAGAACACGAUCAACCUCUUAAAGUGCAGCUAUCCAAUAGUGGCGUUCCAGUUGUAACGACAGAUGAUACUGAAAACACAACGGAACCCGGAAUUGUUUUACCAGAAAUCAAGACACUUCUGCAAUCGCCGGAUAUAAAUAAUUUCAUGAAAGAUACCGACUCACCGAUAUUAAUUCAAGUAUUACAACCAUUGUCCGUCAUAUUUGGCAAAAAUUAUAUCAAGAAGAUUGUAAAGGAUAUAGAUACGAACAAAUAUCCCACGAAUGUCGCGUUGUUGUCAGCGAUACUUAAGAAAGCUCCGACUUAUCCGCAAGUAGCAAAGAAUUCGCAUUUGAUGAGCGUAAUUAAUAAAUACACUUUCUCGAUCGAAUAUGUCGGUCCGACGAUAUUAUUACCCAUUGUAGUCUCGUCCAAGAAGUUGGUAUCAAAUGUCGUGUAUUCCACGUUUGAUUCGGAUGACUUUACUCAUGGUGGAAUUAGCGAAAGUCCACCUGAUGAAUCGUUAUCCGACAAGGUCACCGUACCUCUCGUCAAUCCUAAGUUAUUGUUACAGUCUAUAAAUCCCACUAAUCCUUACGCUGAUUUGCUACCUACUUUAGAAAGAGGAAACGUGUAUGCGAAAACGAUACAACCUCUCAAAAUAAUAUUGACAACGACGAAAAUUACGCAAAUACUUGGACCAGAUUUCGAUCCAUUGGUAUAUCCAAAUAAAAUUGCACUUCUGAUAACGCUUUUGUACAAACUGCAGAAAAGUAAAACAAUUCAAUCGAAUCUGAAGUUAAAAUCCUUAAUUGAUAAUUAUAUACAAGCUAUUGAGCUACCGUCGAUGAACGUUGAAGUGUCUGAAGAUAGACUCGUAAAAAUGAUGACCGAAACUACAGGUCAGUGGCAACCCGAACUGACAAGUUUGAUUGCUGCUCUUCGAGCACCCACGAACGAUAAUGAAGAGGCCAUGACAAAGGAGAUAGAGCAGUUCCUCGACGAUCCAACUCUCUUGGAAAAAUUGAACAUAGCUAAACCACCAUUGACUAUGACUCGCGGAGAACUUAUACAGAAAAUAAUUGUGAGUGCAUUGUCCGGUACGAUACGUUUCGAGAAACGUCUUCUGAAGGCGCUCAGAUAUUACAAGGACAAAGUGGAAUUCACCGAAAUGGGUACCCUGCCCAUCAUGUGGGUGUGGGUCGAAACGUACACAGUUAAGGCUGAAAUACAACUAGGCGACAUGAUCCAACAGACAGUGAACUUCGAUCAAUUGACGUAUAAGGAAAAACUAGCGUAUAACGAUGUAAUCACAUACUUAGCUCAAAACCCCACUCUUCUUCAAGACAACGAGGACUUCGAUUUUGAGAAGUAUAAAACGCAAGGGCAAUUUGUUAAGGGUUUAUUCAAGCAUUUGCUGAAGAAGUCGCAGGUUAAUAAUAAGAUUAAAAGGAACAUUGAGAUGAUACUUCCACGGGUGUCGCAGACUGGAGCGGGCGCAAUCACGAUGCCAACUUUUUCAAGUAUUUAAAAGAUCAGUAGAUUUAUUAAGUAAAAUAUAAUUCAUUAAUUAAAGUGCUCUAAUUAGAGAAAUAUGAUCUGAGUUCACAAGAAACAGAAAAUGAGUAUUAUACAGAUACGUCUGAAGACGAGUGUGUGCUUUGUAAUAAAGAAUUAAUCCGAGAUAUUCUUUUAUUUAUAAUGCUAAACAAUUUGCCAUAUUAAAUAUUAUCUCAUAAAGUUUUUAAUAUCGCAAUAUUGUGUGCAUAUAAAAUCGAUUAUGUAAUAAUUUAAGAAGAAUGUAAGUCUGUUUAGCGCAAAAAAGAGGAAAAUAGAAAUAGAAAUGAGAACUUUAUA